AUGCACGUCGGCGACGCUCUGCUGCGUGGCGAGACGCACCGCGAGGCCGUCAACCUCGUCGCAGCAAGCGUCGAGCUCACAAAGACGGCGAUCACAUCGAUGGUGGAGAAAGCGAAGCUGGCGGUCGCCAUGCAAGACCACGCGAUGCUGUACAUCCUCACCUGCGUCGACCAAGAAAACCAGCGACGACAAGUGGUUGCCUCGUGA